AUGGCACCUUCCAGCGUUGUUUUCAUGGAUCAAAAUGGCCUGCUCACCCCUAAAGAGAAAAAUAAACUUAGAAAGCCGGUGGUGGAGAAAAUGCGCCGUGACCGCAUCAACAACAGCAUCGAGCAACUGAAAGUCCUCCUGCAGAAGGAGUUCCAGAGGCAUCAGCCUAACUCCAAGCUGGAGAAAGCCGACGUCCUCGAGAUGACUGUGGACUACCUGAGGCAGCAAAGCCAGCAGCAGGCAAAAGCAAUGGGAUCUGUCCACAAAGAUAUACAGGUGGACUUCAGAGAAGGUUACUCCAGAUGCCUGCAGGAAGCCUUCCAGUUCAUGUCAGUUCACAAAGUCCACACUGAAACUCAGGCCAAGCUAGUGAGCCACUUCCAAAGGAGCCAGCUGUCCAUGCGUGAAGUCAUCAGCGCGCAGUCCACACUGAAGCACCAGUCCUCAAAGAACGUACCAGCUCUUUGGAGGCCCUGGUAG